AUGAACACAACCCACUCUUUGGAAGACCGUAUUCUCCGUAUGGCAGCUACUAACGUGAGCGACUUACCAGACUUUCCCGACAAUAAGAGCGACUUACCCUCUGACUUUGAGUAUGACCCAGCAGAGUAUGACGAUGAGGAAGAGGAAAUCGUUGAAGAGAUUUCAGAGAAUGAACUGUUAAGGUAUUUGGAUCAACAAGAAAACCCUUUGUCAGUCGCGCAAAGGUUAUUCUAUCACGAAUUAAAUACGACACAGUAUCAGAGACAGAGUGAUACUUGGGAUCUUAAUUGCUUAACACCACAAGCUCUUGAGGAAUUGUAUGGAACAGGUUGGACCGAGCUAGAAGGUAUCGUUGAUUUAGAUACCUUGAAAGGUGCACAUGAAGAAGCUGUUUCUUUACAAGACGCUUAUGUUAUGCCUAAAGACCUCAGAGCAGAAGACGACCCUUUUAGAGAUGUUUCUGCACGCGAUGAUGCUAUUGUUUGGUUGGACCCAAACAACGAAAAUAACGCACUGGGGACAGUCGAUACACCACCUUAUUUGAGUAGGAUUUUGGAAUUUAUCUCUGGUCCUUUAUAUCAUGAUCUCUCCAAAAUGAUUCGUUUACAAGGCCGUACUGAAUAUCAAUUGGCAUACUAUCACCCUAAUGGAGCACGAUACGAGCGUCAUCGAGAUGCUCUCCCCACAGAUGAUCCUUCAGAUGGUAAUCAGAGACGUGUGACAGUCGUGUUGUACUUAAAUCCUGGUUGGGUUGCAGGAGAUGGUGGAGAAGUUAAAAUACUGAGUCGCACAGAUGAUCAUGGAUUACCAGAGGGAGCUGAUAGAAUAGUAAAACCACAAAUGGGAAAAAUCUUGUUAUUCCUUAGUGGGGUAGUUGAUUAUGAAGUACUUCCAACACAUAAGCCAAGAUACGCAUUGACUACCUGGUUGCGUUAG